GGAUUCUGCCCUUCCUGUUGUGACGAGGGGCUGAAAACACCCCUCAUCGGCAUUCCCGUCUUUUGUACUUCCGCCUUUAUACUGACAUGCAGUUGGGUCUGCUCGAAUUACGUAAGAUUGUCUAGUGCCCCGCAGAACGAUAAAACUGGGCCAGACCUUUUUCCUUAAUCUAAAACUGCAGGCGGUAACAAAGGGCAAAAUUAAGCAAACGCGUUCUAAAGUCAAUUAACGCGUCCCCUUGCUCUUAGCAGCUUAGCUUGCUUUACCAAACUUUCAAUUGACAUUUAGACAUUCAGGAUAUUAUUUCUGCUCUAAGCUAGGUGCUUGCCAUAUGUCUAUAACUAUUUGUGAUCAGACAUAUUACAAACUGAAACACGGCAAAAAUGGCUCUUAUAGUCGACAAACACCGACCGCGCUCCCUCGAUUCUCUAACGUACCAUUCGGAAUUGUCUGAGAGGCUUCGAUCUUUAGCCCAGAGCGGUGAUUUCCCUCAUCUAUUAGUCUAUGGCCCCUCUGGUGCGGGCAAGAAGACUCGUAUUGUCGCCACCCUCAAAGAACUGUACGGUCCCGGUGUUGAGAAGAUCAAGAUCGAUGCCCGAGUGUUCCAAACUACGAGCAACCGCAAACUAGAAUUCAACAUCGUUGCCUCCGUUUACCAUCUCGAGAUAACACCUUCGGAUGUCGGGACCUAUGAUCGAGUUGUCAUACAAGACUUACUCAAAGAAGUUGCUCAGACACAACAAGUCGACCAGUCAGCCAAGCAAAAAUUCAAGGUUGUUGUCAUUAAUGAAGCCGACCAUUUAACUCGAGACGCUCAAGCAGCUCUGAGGAGGACUAUGGAGAAAUACAGUCCGAAUCUGCGAUUGAUACUGCUAGCUAAUAGCACGGCCAACAUUAUUGCACCCAUUCGAAGUCGAACUCUCCUUGUACGGGUUGCUGCCCCAACAGUCGACGAGAUCGCAAGUGUCCUAGCAGAUUCGGCCAGAAAGGAAGGCUGGCCUGUUGUUAAAGGAUUACAUAAGAGAGUUGCUGAAGAAAGUGGCCGAAAUCUGAGAAGGGCAUUGUUGAUGUACGAGGCCGUACAUGCUCAGAAUGAGAAGGUUACGGACGACACGCCGAUUCCGCCUCCAGAUUGGGAGGCAUUGAUCUCGCAAAUUGCCAAGGAGAUCAAGGAAGAACACUCACCGGCCCGUAUUUUGCAAGUCCGAUCAAAGCUAUACGAUCUGCUCACACACUGCAUACCACCUACCAUCAUACUCAAGACAUUAACUUUCAAGCUCAUUGCUAAUAUCGACGAUGAUUUGAAAUCCGAAGUUGUUAAGUGGUCCGCCUUUUACGAACACAGAAUAAGAAUGGGGAGCAAGGUCAUCUUCCACCUGGAGGCGUUUGUCGCAAAGUAUAUGCGAAUAAUGGAGAUGUAUUUAAUGAGUAUGGAUAUGUGAGUGGGCUUACUGUUUAACGGAAGCAUGAUUUAUGCAACUAGUUUGGGGGCAUGGGGAUCAUGGAGUAACGGCUGUCUUUAUGGCUAUGAUUC